AUGAGUACUGAAUAUUUUCGAAUAUUAUUAUAUUCAUAUAAUUUAUCGGCUUUAAAACGAAGAUCUUCCGUUGGCAGGCAAGAUCAAAGACAAUAUGCCAAUGAACUAUCUCAACCGCGACUCGGUUCAAAUAAACUUUGUAUUUCAAAGAUUCUUCUGUUCGUUUAUGUUGGCCAGUUGAAAGCAAUAGUUUUGAAUUCGUCAAUCAAUGAAUAUAAUAAUACAUGUACAAUACCACCACCAUGA